AUGAUUUGGGUGUUAUUUGUGAUACUUUGGUUGAGUAAUGGGACCUAUCAACAAAGUUUGGCAAGUGAGUAAAUUUCAAUUCAACAAUAACAUCUUUAAAGAUUUCGAAAAAAAACACCAUUAACAAGUUUUAUUUUUAGAUAGUUUAUUUGCUGAAGAAGGAACUCAGCCAGGAUUUGUGACAAAAAUCAACCGAAAAGCCUUCAACAUCGUUUCGGAUCAAUUGAAAGAUCGAGUUAUCAAAUUCAUGAAAACUGAUGGAUUGGAAUUCAAUAUCUCAGCACCGCUCACAAAUCAGGUAUUUAUUAGUAAAAGAAAAAUAACAAAUCUUUGUUUUUGCUUCAGGUCCGGUUCACAUUGCGUUCAUCUAGGAUAAUCUCUUUUUGA